UCUUUUGUCACCAUGCUGGAUGAGGGCUGAGAUUAUUGAUUAGGAAUUGACAUUAUUCUACUGAAGCUAACAUGACGCUACCGUCACUGUGGUUAACUCCUGGUACAAGCACAGCUUUAGUUUGAUGUUUGUUUUUUGCCUAUCUGAACACAAUUGGAUUGAAGAAUGAAAUUCAAUCUAAUUGAAUCAGCUUGCACUCACUCUAAAAGGUAAUUGCAGUUGGGAAUUGGGAACAUUAAGUAACCACUUGUGUUCAUGGAUAUUUUUUUCACCUUGUUUUUUUGUAACAAAAAAACCCAAAAAGUGGCAGAAAACCAGCUGAACGUUCUGUGUAAAUCAGACUUGAUGUCGGAAUUGUUCAAAUCUUUUCAGAUCAAGUGGUAGAACAAAUCCUGGAGUCUUGAAAGCCAGAAGAUCACGGUUUCUACAUCUUGCACCUUUUGCUAAUGAAAACCAGCAUUCUGCAGCAAUGAUUUUCCCACCCUCCCAAAGCAGUUGGUGACAUAAGAGUGUAGGGGUUUCAGAUACUUCCUUUUGGAAAAAAAAAAAAAAAGCUUUGAUGUGCUUUGUUCAGCAGACAAAUACCUUCACCAUCAUCAAACCUGCUUCGGCUGAAUGGACCGAGGACAGUGGUUAAAGUUUCAGUGUCCAGCUCUAUAAUUCCUGUAAUUCUAUAUCCCAAUAAUAUCACAGAUGGUUGCAAUAUGUGAUUUGUGGUCUGGGAACAUUCAGCACGAUUUGCCUCACUGUCCAGUGAAUAACCUUAAAGGAUUUUAAGAUUUCCCAUUAUUUCAAAUCACUUUUUUUUUUGGUUUUGUUUCAUCCAUAUAUCCAUAUGCACAAAAUUCACUGGAUUGGGCAAUGUUAUUUUGUCUUUAAGACAGCACAUGACUUUUGCCUUUUAAAUGUUUAGUUGAGACUACCAUAUCAUAAGUGGUUUUGCUUUGCCGUUAGCAAGCCCAAGGCCAACUAAGCCAUGCUUAUGAACGCAAUUGUCUGAUUUAUUUUUAAAGAAUGUGAAGUGAUUCACAUGUGUGAUGCAGUAAAUUUUAAGUGACGGCUUGCAAGUACACACCUGCCGGCAUUAAGUGCUUGACAAUCAAAGUUUCUGCCAUUUUAAAACUGUUUUAUUAGCCUCAAAUCAAAGUCUGCCUGUGGCCCGAAACAGUCUAGGGUUGGAAAAGUAAUUUAUUUGUAUUUUUUUGUAGCUAUUUUACUAUCUUGACCGACGUACAUGUUUCCUAAAAGUAUCAUGUGACCACCCUUCCAUCUGCUAACGAGCUUUUGUGAAGCACUUAAACGCACCAUCGCCGCCCACUGCGAGCCUCCUCAUCAUAUCGCGAGAGACACCAUCAGUCCGCGGAGCUAACGCAGAGCAACAUGGCGGAAGAGGAGGUGGGGAAGCUGCAAAAGCACCUGGCCUUGCUGAGGCAGGAGUACGUGAAGAUGCAGCAGAAGCUGGCCGAAACCGAGAGGCGCUGCGCCGUGCUCGCUGCACAGACUUCCGGCCAGGCCUCUCCCAGCCCUGCAAGUGCUGACACCUUCAUCAGCCGCCUGCUGGAAUUUGUGGCCAACCUCUACCAACAGGAACACUACAGUGAUCUGAAAGUGAAAGUUGCGGGCGAUCAAUACUGUGCCCAUAAGUUUGUGCUGGCCGCUCGCAGCGAUGCCUGGAGUCUGGCCAACCUGGCAUCCACCGCUGAACUGGACCUUACUGAUUGCAAAGCUGAGGUAGCCAUGGCGAUGCUGCGUUGGGUGUACACAGACGAGUUGGAGCUCAGUGAGGAUGACGCUUUUCUGAUUGACCUGAUGAAGCUGGCCAACCGGUUCCAGCUUUACCUGCUCAGAGAGCGGUGUGAAAAAGGUGUGAUGUCAUCCGUAAACGUGAGGAACUGCAUUCGCUUCUACCAAACAGCUGAGGAGCUAAACGCCAGCACCCUGAUGAACUACUGCGGCGAGAUCAUAGCCAGCCACUGGGAUGAUCUGCGGAAAGAAGAUUUCAGUACCAUGAGUGCCCAACUUUUGUACAAGAUGAUCAAAUCGAAAACGGAGUACCCUCUCCACAAAGCCAUCAAAGUCGAGCGGGAAGACGUGGUGUUUUUGUAUCUCAUAGAGAUGGAUUCGCAGUUACCGGGGAAACUGAAUGAACUGGACAACAACGGGGACCUCGCUCUGGACCUGGCGCUCUCCAGAAAGCUGGAGGGGAUCGCCACGACUCUGGUGAACAACAAAGCUGACGUGGACAUGGUGGAUCAGAGCGGCUGGAGCCUCCUUCAUAAGGCCAUCCAGAGAGGGGACGAAUUUGCUUCCAUCUUCCUGAUCCGCCACUCGGCUCAGGUGAACGCAGCCACAGUGGGGGCAGUGGAAACCCCUCUCCAUCUGGUCUGCUCCUUCAGCCCCAAGAAACACACGGCCGAGGUGAUGAGCAGCAUGGCCCGAAUCGCAGAGGCUCUGCUCAAAGCCGGAGCUAACCCCAACAUGCAGAACAGCAAAGGCAGAACGCCGCUGCACGAAGCCGUGGCGUCGGGGAACGAGGCCGUGUUCAAUCAGCUGCUACAGUGCAAACAACUCGACCUGGAGCUGAAGGACCAUGAAGGCAGCACAGCUCUGUGGUUGGCCCUGCAGCACAUCACCAUGUCGUCAGACCUCUCUGUGAAUCCGUUCCAGGACGAUGCCCCGGUCGUUAACGGGACGUCGUUUGAAGAGAAUGGCGUUGCUGCUCAGCUCAUCAAGAGAGGAAGCAAUCCAGAUGCACCAGACAACGCCACAGGAAACUGCCUCCUGCAGAGAGCAGCUCAGGCAGGCAACGAGGCGGCGGCGCUUUUCCUGGCAACUCACGGGGCAAAAGUCAACCACUUAAAUAAAUCGGGUGAGAGCCCGCUUCACACAGCGUGUCGCUGCGGCCUGGCCAGCCUGACCGCCGAGCUGCUCCAGCAGGGCGCCAACCCCAACAUGCAGACCCAGAAGCCCCUGCCUGAGGAAACCAACGGCGUGGCUCUGCAGACGCCGCUCCACAUGGCCAUAGCUCACAACCACCCAGAUGUCGUUUCUGUCAUCUUGGAACAAAAAGCCAACGCACUUCACGCCACCAACAACUUGCAGAUCAUUCCAGACUUCAGUCUCAAAGACUCCAUGGACCAGACAGUCCUGGGUUUGGCCCUCUGGACAGGUAUGCACACUAUUGCGGCCCAGCUGCUGGGCUCCGGGGCUUCUAUCAAUGACACUAUGUCCAACGGACAAACCCUGCUUCACAUGGCUAUCCAAAGACAAGACAGCAAGAGCGCCCUCUUUCUUCUGGAACAUCAGGCUGACAUCAACGUUAGGACGCAGGAGGGAGAAACGGCGCUACAGCUGGCCAUCAGUAACCAGCUGCCUCUAGUGGUGGACGCCAUUUGCACAAGAGGAGCUGAUAUGUCUGUUACAAACGAAAAGGGGGAUCCUCCGUUAUGGCUGGCUCUUGAGAAUGGCCUGGAAGAUAUCGCGUCCACGCUGGUGCGUCAUGGGUGCGAUGCCACAUGUUGGAGCGCGGGGCCCUCUGGCUGCCUGCAGACCCUCCUGCACAGAGCUGUGGAUGAGAACAACGAGGUCUCCGCCUGCUUUCUCAUCCGCAGCGGCUGUGACGUGAACAGCCCGAGGCGUCCUGGACCUAAUGGGGAAGGAGAUGAAGAAGCCCGAGACGGACAAUCACCCCUCCACUUGGCGAGCAGCUGGGGUCUGGAGGACGUGGUGCAGUGCCUUUUAGAGUUUGGAGCGAAUGUCAAUGCACAAGAUUCAGAGGGCAGAGCUCCCAUCCACGCUGCUAUCAGCAACCAGCACAACGUCAUUAUCCAGCUCCUUAUUUCCCAUCCGGAGAUCCGGCUCAACCUCCGGGAUCGCCAAGGAAUGACACCAUUCGCCUGCGCCAUGACGCACAAGAACAACAAGGCAGCGGAGGCCAUCCUAAAGAGGGAGCCCGGUGCUGCAGAACAGGUGGACAACAAAGGAAGGAAUUUCCUCCAUUUGGCCGUUCAAAACUCGGACAUCGAAAGUGUCCUGUUCCUCAUCAGCGUUCAGGCUAACGUAAACUCCAGAGUUCAGGAUGCUGCAAAACUCACCCCUCUCCACCUGGCUGUGCAGGCUGGUUCUGAGAUCAUUGUUCGCAACCUGCUGCUUGCCGGAGCCAAAGUGAACGAGCUAACCAAACACAGGCAGACGGCGCUACAUCUGGCUGCCCAGCAGGACCAGGCCACUAUCUGUUCUGUGUUGUUGGAGAACGGCAUAGAUUUUGCUGCUGAGGAUGAAAAUGGCAACAAUGCUCUGCAUCUGGCUGUGAUGCAGGGCCGCCUUAACAAUGUCAGAACCCUUCUGACGGAGUCCAACAUCGAUGCUGAGGCCUUCAAUCUCAGGGGUCAGUCGCCAAUGCAUGUACUGGGGCAUUACGGUAAAGAGAACGCGGCAGCCAUCUUUGAGUUAUUCCUGGAGUGUAUGCCGGAAUACCCUCUUGACAAGCCAGACGGCGAAGGGAACACCGUUCUGCUUCUGGCCUACAUGAAAGGGAACGCCAACCUGUGCCGAGCCAUCGUGAGGGCUGGGGCUCGACUGGGCGUCACAAAUAAUCAGGGCACUAAUAUUUUCAACUACCAAGUUGCAACCAAACAGCUGCUCUUCCGCCUUCUAGAUAUGCUGUCCAAAGAGCCCCCUUGGUGUGAUGGGUCCAACUGCUAUGAAUGUACCGCGAAGUUUGGUGUAACGACACGGAAACAUCACUGCCGCCAUUGUGGGCGCCUGCUGUGCCACAAGUGCUCUAUAAAGGAGAUACCGAUCAUCAAGUUCGACUUGAACAAGCCGGUGAGAGUGUGCGACAUCUGCUUUGACGUACUGACCCUGGGCGGGGUAUCGUAAUGCCGCGACUCGACGCCGCUAUUCAGGAACGCCACGAGGAAGGGCCACAACGAGCAGCGGACACCAAGGACCAUCGUCUUUAUACUACUCCAGUCUAUGGAAAACUAUUAAUCUUCUAGAGAGACAUCUCAAAUAGAAACUUCGUCUUUUUGUUGGUUUGAAUCAAGUGUCUGAAAGCAGCUCGACGACGGCUUGGACGGAGUUUCUUUCUUUCUCGAUGCCCGAGGUUUGCGGCGAUUGGCUCCUACAGUCGCUGGCGUGAGGCUGUUGUGAUACGUCAAUCCGGUGAUAACACUUGUAGAAGGGUUUACCUUUCCUCUGUUGGGUUGUUUUACCAUCCACGGGACUCUCCCAAAGCAGAAAAAUGCAGUGCGACAAAUUGAUUCAUUUCUAACAGUUUUGAUUAUUCAUGUUUGCAAUCUGUUAUCAUUCACCCUCAGUUGAUUUGUUUUUUUUUUCUUGUGAGGUAACUGAUCGAAAUGAGUAAAACUAAUCAUGUUAAGAUGACAACAACAAAUCCUGUCAAGUCGGCAGAUGAAAUGGCACAACUUGAAUCUUUUUGUUGUUGUUUUUUUUUUUCUUUUUUCUCCAGUGUAAAUGAAAAUUGAGUGACAUACGACAGAGUAUUAGGGGACACUAAAGAAAAAAUAAAAUGACAAGAAUAAAGUCAUACAACCAGAAUAAAGUUGGACUAUUCACAAUAGAAUAGUCGUAAUAGUAAUGCAAGGAUAAAGUUGUAAUAUUACUAGGGUAAACACGUCAUCAGAUUAUCGGGACACGGCCUGCUCCUGAUGCUAAUCUGAUGCUGAUGUGUUAAUAAAUGAAGUAUUUCCUUAUUUGUACAACCAAUGCCAAAGUAUCACUUCACCAGAUGCUCAACAUUCUUCAUCUGCAGCUAUAAGGCUGCCUUUUUUUUUGUGUCUAAGUUCUUGAAUCACAACUUUAUUCUUGCAAUAUUGUGACUUUAUUCUCGUUUUCCCUCCUCUUUCUUUUUCCUAGCCUUGCCCUAAAACUCCUUCAUAAUAAAGACCAAGAAUCUUUAUUAUGAAGAUUCUCUUACCGCCCACGCUUCUCGUGUCAUUUGUAGCCUUCAUACAUCAGUCAUAUCACGAAUCAUGUUCCGAAAUGGCUCACCAGAUAACAUUCCUUCUGAAUUGUUUUGUCCUGCCAUCACUGAUAUCUUUUUGAUGUUUAACGCUCUUAAUUUUCUCAGCCUAACAGGUGCACUUUAUCAGAAACACAAGACAUUUCAGAUCAUCGGGGAGAAUGUGGACUAAGUAGGGGGUCGGCCAAGUGGAGCGGCCUCUUUAAGUAUUGUUAAAUUGUACAGAUAAAUGUGUGAUAUUUUUUGACCACUACAACUGUUUUGUACUUUAAAAAUGCAGUUUGUGCUUGUCAUUGUGACAAACCCAAAAAACAAAGAAAAAAUCUUGCCUCUGUUAAUCUUUUAUGCACAUUGUUUAAUCUUUUAUGCACAUUGUAUUGUAUCUGUAUGCUCAGAUAUCUAGCCUGUCUCUUCCUGGUGUAUUCUUCUAGAGAAAGGGAGGACAACUUUACAUAAAGGUCAUCGACAAAC